UAAAACGGCUUUAUCCUCUCGGACGUAUGCACUUUCUUCUCUCAUCAUUAAAUUUAUUAGAGCAAAUUUGUUCCAGUAGACAAUUCGGCUCUAUUGAGAACAGUUAAAGUUGAAGCAAUUGUGAGAUAAAGUUCAAUGAUGUCGGAUUGAAGUGCAUGGAACACAAAAAGCCUUAAAACCAAUUCUCGGAACAAAAAAUUAUUGAAAUAAUAGGUACCUACAUUAGGUUCCAUUGUUUGGUUUGUUUUGUUUUACAUGAUAAAGUGAUAUUGGUGCAUUUGUAUAAUUCAUCUUUUUUGGUAUCCAGUGCGGAUACCCUCGGAAUGCUAGAAGGAAGUCCGUUCUCAGCCCAAGGAUGCUCAAACCACCGGGUGAAGAUCUGGAAUCUGGGGCAGACUCCCCAGCAAUGUCCAUUACCUCAGUGAAUUCCAUCGCAAGUUUAUUGAGAGAGAAAAUACAGAAUCUGCCACAAACGAUCCGCAAGAAAAAGUCCCCGGAAUACAAGACGAAAAUCUUCGUCGGUUUCCUGUUCAUCGCCAUUGUCGUUCUCAUAGUCACCUCGUACUUCUUGUACAACCAGAAAGUGUUAGCUAAAGCGUACUUCGAAAAAAUCAAAUUCAACAAGGUCCAGAGGCUCAUGAAGAUCCACAACAACGAGGGCGUUAUUGUCGUCAAUGCAGCCCUAGGGACCACUUUGAAUUACGACAAGGUGCUGCCCUGUCUACCCAGAGAUAACAAACACGAUGGGAGUUUGUGUUUAGAGUGGAUGCACAGAGCCAGACUAUACUUGGACUUCCACGACUUGGACGACGCAGUAAAAUGCUACAACCUCCGCUGGAUCUCCCUGUCAGACUCAGUGCCGCCCACCGAUUGCUUCGAUCUGUCGGCCGCCCACUGGUACGGGGGCGGGCAAACUGCAGAGGCGGCGUGGCCCUUGGAGAAGGGCGGCCACCCUUUUCGGCCCUUCGUGACGGGGCGAGUGGAGGACGGCCGGUGGGGGAACGUGGUAAAGCGGUACUUCGUCAGUUCCAAAGGUGCUGCAAUCAUCGUUGAUGAUAAAACUCCCCUUCACGUCUCCAUACGUACCAACGAAGACAAAAAAGAACUGUGCCUGAGGGCGCAAUACGAUGAUUUCGCCUUCGUCAACAGACUCACCCCGAGUGCAGAGCUCAACUACAGCAUCUGCGUGGGCUCCAACAUGUCUGAGCUGCACAACCACCUCAGCGAGCACACCCUGUGGGAUGGUCUGAAGAAGGAAGACAGCAACGUCAUCGACUAUUUGCUAACGGAGCCUGUUUGGGAGAUCAUCUCGGACUCCGACGAGAUAUUGACUGAAGAAACCAUCUACAACUUCACUGAAGACAUAACCAACUCCGUGGGCAUCAUGAAACAAGGUCACGUGUUGAUUAACGAAUUCUGGCAAAAGAACAUCGGAGACUUCGAGCUGGACAUCGACCGAUUUCCCACUCUGGACAAGACCUUGGACAUGCUGAAACGGAGAGGAUUCCGAGUGGUGUUCACCAUCCAGCCGUUCAUUUCCACGGAGAGCUUCAAUUUCGCCGAGGCAGUCAGAAAAAGGCUUUUAGUGUCGGAGAGGUUCAGCGAUCGACGUAUUCCGGCGCUCACCCGGUACAAGAGUCUGCAGAGUGCUGGGAUGCUGGACAUCACCAACGAAAAAACUGUGCCUUGGUUGUUGGAGAAGCUGAAGAAGGUGAUGAACAAAUACAAAUUCGACGCCUUCUUCCUGGACAUGGGCACCGCCUACGACCUACCCCACUACUACCACUGCGACCGCCCCCUCGCCAACCCCGACCAAUACAAGGUGACAUUCACCAACAGCCUACUAGGAUCGGUGCCUGUGUUCGGCAUCAGCAGUGCCGUGUUGCGCCCGAGACCGCCCACUUUCGUGUUUCUGCCGCCCUUCGAAUCCUCGUGGGCGGGGCUAAGAGGGGUGGUACCCACGCUGUUGACGUACGGGGUGUUGGGGUAUCCGUUUCUGAUACCCGGAGCUGUGGGAGGUGAUUACGAUGCCCCUCAGCUAAUUCCGAAGAAGAACGGAACGGAAAGGAGUUUGCCGGACGAGGAGCUCUACAUUCGCUGGUUGCAACUAGCUGCCUUCCUGCCUGUCGUCAGGUACCACCACUUGCCAAGCAGCUAUGGGAAUCAGAACAUCUCGGAGAUAGCCAAAAGCUUGGCGUUGACUAGACAGAAUAAGGUGACUCCUAAAUUGAAAAAGUUCGCGAGAGUUUCGCUGAACAUCGGCCUUCCUCUGAUCAGGCCCUUGUGGAUGCUGGACUCCGAAGAUCCGAAUUGUCAUCAAGUUUCUGAUGAAUUUUCUAUCGGGGACGAUAUAAUCGUAGCUCCCAUAAUAGAUUCCGGCCGGAGGCAAAGGGAGGUGUACCUUCCAGCAGGAGUGUGGAAAGAUGGCAUUGAUGGUGGUUUGAGAAAAGGAAGCAGAUGGAUCCAUGAUUAUCGAGUAGAAGAACACCAAGUUGCUUAUUUCGAACGUAUGCCUGACAACACUAGAUUUUAAGCAUCACCUAUCUAUAUAUUUACAUUCCUACGUACUUGUAAGCAUCAUCUCAAACUUUUUAGAUAAUCGUUUUAUUUUUUUGAUUGAUUUCUCCUCGAACCAUUUUAUUAAACUAUAGAAACUCAUGACUU